AUGGGACCUAAGAAUAAGAGAAACCGGAAAAACCCUCAUUCACACGCCAAACCACGGACGACGGCCAAGAACGCUACCGCCAGCGGAGGAGAACCGCCGAAUACCAGUUCUUCCGACAAUCUCCUCCAAGAACAGAGUAAUGCAGAACAACUCGAGAAUGGUUCGAUCAAUGAUGAAUGUGAGCGCUCGCUCGCCAUUCUUCACAGAGGAAACCCAACCGAAGCCCUGAAACUCAUCAAAGACGCGUGUGAUCGAUACGAAAACUCCGGCCUCGUACACCACACUCGAGCCUCUAUACACGCCAGAGUCGCUUCUGAAAUCGGAGACAGAGCCGCUUAUCAAGAACUUAUGAAAAAUGCUCUGGAGUCUGCGAAGAAAGCCGUCUCGCUCUCGCGCGACUCGAUUGAAUUCGCUCGUACACAUGCGGGUUUGCUCUUUCAAUUGUCGAGCAAUGUUCAAGAUUACGAACAAGUUGUGAAAGAAUGUGAGCGAGCUCUAUCGAUGUAUAAUCUUCUGCCUGUUAAAAAAAGAUCAGAAAAAGAUCUUAAAUCUAUAGAUAAAGAAUUGAAUUCGAUUCUGAAUAAAGCAAAGAUUGGGUUGAUGGCGACUGGGAAGAAUAAUGUUGGAACUGGUGAGAACAAGUCUGGAUUUACAGAGGAUCCAAUCUUAACAAAAAUAAAGAAGGCGGACAAGAAAGGCAAACUUGAAGAAAAGAAGAGCAAUGGUGAUGUGGAGAAGAUCAGGCUGGAGACAAGAAAGAUUCGGGAGUUUUGGAACUCUUUUAGUGCUGAGAAAAAGCGAGAGUUUGUUAGACCAAGAAUCAAUGAUGUUAAGGUGUAUUGUUAUGAGUUUAAGGGUGUUUUGGGUGCCGAGGAUUUGUUGAGCGCUCUUGGUCAUGGUGAGGAAGCUCGUUCUUGGAAGUACUGGGGGUGUUGCGUUUGUGAGCACAGAUCUCCAGAUGGCGGUUCACUUAUUUAUCAUCUAUGGCAGAAGCAUUUGGAGCCCCUAUCAAGAAGGUUGACUGCAAUUCUGCCUCAAACAAUUGAUGGUCCUACUGUGCGAAUGCUAACGAAUGGUACGUGGAAGCCUGUGGAUACUGCUGAGGCAGUGAGAAUUAUUGAAAAUGAGUCAAAAGAUCCGGAUGAUCAGAACUGGCCAAUGUCGGAUGAUUCUGAGCGUGCACAUAUUCUUGAAAGAAUCCAUAGCAUGUUCCAGUUGCUUCUGCAACACAAGUGUAUUGCUCUGAGCCAUUUUAAGAUGGUGAUGGUCCUGGCCGAGAACAUGCUCGAGAAAUAUAGUGCACUUUCCUCAUCUCAACUUCGGACCCAUGGCCUGCACCAAAACCCCAUAUGCAUCUGCUUUUUGGGGGCUUCUCAGCUGGUGAGGAUUCUCGAUUUCUUGCAGCAUUUGCAUUCUGUGGCAGAUUGUUUCAAGGAAGAUGAAAUUAAUGUCAAUCAGGAAUUUGAAGCCAAAGUAAAGGUUGUUUUAUGUGUUGACAAGAUGUGUCUCUCUUUUGAUCCGAGUGUACGCUAUGGGGAGCUUACGCCCUCCCCGUAUCAUAACGUCAGCCGACUAGCCGUGGAUGGUGCUUCUGAGACAACUUUUGCAGUUAGUGAUCAGGACGUUGAUGUCCUGCCAGACACCGAUGCUUUUGUAAAAUGGUUGUUUGAGGGUUGUACAAUUGAAGAAGAGCUAGCAUCAUGGCAACGCCUAAAAGAUGAUAAAGAUAAGAAAGGGAUGGAAAUUUAUCUUAUCCUUAAGGAGGGAUGUGUUCCAUUUGAAAACUUGUGUGGGAGAAGAUAUGAGUGUUUAAUCCAAGUCGAAGCAAUACGCGCAACAAGAACGAUCUUAGCUGAGGAACGUAAGAGAAGGGAGCAAGGUGCAAAUUAUAUGCCACAAAGCUUUGUGUCCCUCUUGAAAAGGAGGCAAGAAGAACUUGUUGAGAGCGGAAGUGAUAGCGAUAGUGAUAGAGCUGAGUUGAAUGUCAUAGGCACAAUUCUUGAAGAUGAAGGAGCUCGAGCUACAACCGUAAACGAGGAUCGUGAGCAUCUAGGAGACAAUUGCAUAACAAAACAGCUUCAAGAGUUAUGGGAGGAGCGUUCAAGAGAGGUUUUCAACAUUGAUGCCAGGAUCCUACGGAGCUUAAAUAGUAUACGACGGCUGAAUUUUCAACUUGCACAAGUAUCAGGUCAUGACUACCAGUUGAUUAUAGUUCCCCUUCUGAAGUCAUUCUUGCAGGUACAAUUGCAGGAGUUGUUUCGUGAAGCUUUGUUAGAAGAGCUUGAAUCUGAUACCAGCAAGAAUCUUAGCAAGGGAUGCAAUCAGAAACAUACUCGAGGAAAAUUGAAGGCUAAGAAAAAGAAAAAAAAAAUCAGAAAGGAUGAGGAUUCCAAGGUCUUAAUAUUGCGGAGUCUGGCUACUGGUGGAAAACCAAGACACAAGUUAGAAGAGAAGGAUGCAGAACAAGCUGACUUUUCUGUCCCCAAUGAUGGGCAUUAUGCAGAGUCCCAGAUUGCUGUUUCUUCAAGUGCUGCUCAACUGAAACAGCAGGAAGAGGAACUUGAUCGUAGAGCUGAGCUUGAAGUGGAGGAAAGAAUGCUCGCAGAGAAUUUGGAGCAUCAAAGACAAAAUGAGGAUGAGGCUAAACGGAAGCAGCUUGCUGAGAAAAACAAACAAGCUGAUGCAGGAACAACACUACAGGUAGGGGAGGCAUUGUUGAGUGCAACUGGAAUGCCAACAGAUUUUCCAGGUGUUCCUGUGGACAAAUUUGAGCAAAUUACGUUGUCCUCCCCGGUUUCUGGUGAUAGGCCUGAAUGGAAUAUAAGUUGUUUGUCUCAUGGAAAAGUCAAUCAUGGUAAGCAACCUUUCAGGAAAAUAAUGUUAACUAAGACUUCCUACUUGCACAGAACUUGCAUGUCAGGCAUUCAUUGGCACACCACCUUUUUUGGGAUGAUGGACACCUUAAAGUAG